UCCUGUGUCAUGUAGAAAUGGAGGAGAUUGUAGAAGACUGUCUGGGUUUCCUGUAUAAUCUGCUCGUGGUAAUAUGUGUUGGGCUGAUGCUACUGCGGGUUGCUGAGGGCCGUCCGGUGAAGUGGUUGGUACUGCUCGUGGUUUCUGGAGUGACAUUGAGCUGUUUGGUCAAUUCAAGUGCUCUUAAAGUGGGGCUUGUGAUUGUGCUGUGUAGUGUCAUUCACUAUGUAAGGAAAGAAGAGGUAAUGUUGUCAACCCAAAACAAGGCGGUACUGAUCACAGGUUGUGAUUCAGGUUUUGGUCAUGAUCUGGCCAGGUUUUUAGACAGCGCAGGGAUGAGGGUGUUUGCAGGGGUUCUGGAUGAACACAGUCCUGGAGCUCUGGAGCUGAAGAAAGCUGCAUCUCCAAACCUCACCGUCCUACAGUUAGACAUCACCAACAGCAGCCAGAUCACACAGGCACAUCAGUACAUCCAGAGCCAAACAGGCAAAACAGGACUCUGGGCAGUAGUGAACAAUGCCGGAGUGCUGGGAUACGUGUGUGAUGGAGAAAUUCUGCCAAUUAAAAUGUAUAAAAAAUGCUUAGAUGUGAAUUUCAUUGGUAGUGUGGAGAUUACACAAGUCUUUCUGCCUCUGAUACGACAAUCCAAAGGACGACUCGUCAGUAUAUCGAGUCUGGCAGGAGAAGUUCAACUUCCUGGAUUCGCAGGAUAUGGAGCAUCUAAAGCAGCGCUGAUCUCGUUCAUGGGAGCGAUUAGAAAGGAACUCUCACGCUGGGGAGUCAAAGUCAUCAUCAUUCAACCUGGAGGUUUCAAAACAAAUAUUCUGGGCAGCAGAGAGCAGUGGAAUAGCGCUCAGGAGGACGUCCUCAGCGGUUUGUCUCAGGAAGUGAUGGCAUCUUAUGGAGAAGAAUACAUCCACUCAAUGCAGCAGCGGCUGGUUGACAUGUACUCAGUAUCAAGCUCAGACACAGGGCCGUUUUUGAAGGCUUUAAAGCAUGCAAUACUGUCCCCGAAACCAAAACCCUAUUAUUACCCAGGGGCCUCAGCGUGGGCUCUUCCACUACUCUACAGACACUGUCCCACCUCACUGUCAGACAGAAUCUUCACACAAAUCUUUAUGAACAGUAAUGCCCAACCAGCAGAACUAAUGAAUUCUUGAUCUGUGCCUCCAUUUGAUGAUCCUAGUGGUGCAGGAAUUGCAUGCUUCACAUGUACAUACCUCAUCUGACUUACUGUGAACAAUUUAGGUGAGCAAA